AGGACGAGAGAAGAAGUGAGAGGAGGAGUCUGUUUGUUGACAUCGGACGAAAACGAAAAUCAGAUGAGUGAAGACUGAUGAAACAAACUACAUUUCUCGCCGUCAUCAAGACAUAUAGCCUUGGUGAAAGCUAAGGUCCCCUGCACUGCCCUGUCUUUAAUCUGAGCCGGGGACAAAGAGGCUAACAUGGCAGCAAAAGCAGGAGACAACCCUGACAGCCUCAUGACUCUGGCAACCAUCUUCUGCCUGAGGAACCUUAGGAAGACCAUGUGCUACCAGGGAUUCAGGAACAAGCUCUGUCUGCGCUCGGACAUCUUCCUUCCAAGCGAGAUCUGCGACAAGUUGGUCAACACAUACAUGGAGUUGGUCCACACAGAUAGUAACUUUGAACCAGAGGAAAGCUUCUUCCAACUGUUCUCAGACCCCUGCAGCACCAGACUGACCAGGGUACAGCUGAGAGAAGACUUCGUACGGGACAGAGAUCUGGAGGCCAUUCAAAAACAGGACCUGAUUGAGCUCCACCUCACCUACUGCAACAGUCUGUCCUCCCGCAGCCUGAAAUCUCUGAUCAGCUUCCGUGAGACCUUGGUGUCUCUGUGUCUCUUCGGCUGCAACCACAUCUUCUACAGGAAGGGCGGUGCCCCACUCGCAUGCAACGAAGACACUGAGGAUGAGGAGGAGGAGAGCCCUGCUUCCAGGCAAGCUUUAGAGACAGACUUUAACUUCCAGGGCUUCAACCGCCUCAGGCUGCUCAACUUAGGAGGCCUGCCAGACGAGGUGGAUGCUGAGACGCUGCUCAAACCCCUGAAGUCGCUCACCUCUCUAGAUCUGUCUAAUGUCCAGUUGCUGGGAACAGCUUUUCUCACCCAGUGGAAAGACAGACUUGCUUCUCUUGUGCUCUACAACGUUGACCUGUCAGAGGAGCUGGUCAGUACCAUUGUGGAGAUGGUAAAUCUCAGGCAUCUUGACAUCUCCCGGGAGAGCAGGCGCACCUCGAAGUUUAAGAUGAGCAGGAAGAUCCUGACGGCCAUCGUACAGCGCCUGGUCAACCUGGUGUCUCUGGACAUCUCCGGGCACAUAAUGCUCGACAACUGCACAGUCCCACACAUCGAGGAAGCUAUGGGGCGGCCGAGCAUCGAGCCGUGCAAGAGCAGCAUUUAUCCUUUCCAGGAGCUGAAGAGGCCGCUGCAGUUCCUGGGCCUGUACGACACCACCCUCUGUAAUGUGACACACAUCCCUGCUUAUAAGGUACUGCUUAUCUGA